CCCGUCUUCCAUCGUCAACUCCCAAGUGAAAAACCCACGUGGUUCAUCCAGUCACAAUCGCCGCCGGUACACGUCAUUUCACGGUAAUUCUUCCGUCAUAACUUCCGUGCAUGGCGGUGGCGACGACUUCCUCUAGCGACAACAUCGCACCGGUCUCACAAUCGAUGGAUAAAUCACCUACAGCAAACUCAUCGUCCGAUGAUACUGCCGCCAUCGAACCUCUGUCGGUGGUAAACGGUAAUGGUUCCUCGUCCACCGCUGUCGCAGAUCCGGCUGAUAACUCUACUCCCUCACCUAGAGCUUCACCUUCCAGACAAUUGGAAUAUCAGCCGUCUUUGAGGAGCGAAGAAUAUCGACAACUGUUUCGUCUUCCUCCUGAAGAAGUCCUUGUUCAAGAUUUCAAUUGUGCAUUGCAAGAGAAUUUCAUCCUUCAGGGUCAUAUGUACCUGUUCAUUCGUCACAUAUGCUUUUACUCAAACCUAUUUGGAUUUGAGACAAAGAAAAUAAUUCCUUUUGAUGAAGUUACCUUGGUCAAAAGGGCAAAGACUGCAGGAAUAUUCCCUACUGCCAUAGAAUUAGUAGCUUCAGAUAAAAAGUACUUUUUUACGUCGUUCUUAUCGCGUGAUGAGGCCUUUAAGCUUAUUAACGAUGGUUGGUUGGAACAUGGGAAUGGAAAUAAAGCUAUCUCCGACCAGCAGGACUCAAGAUCUGAGUUGAUUGAUGAAGAGCCUGAAAUUGUUGUGGCUGAAGAUUCAGAUGAAGCCAGACCACUUGGGGAUAAUCUAGAAACCACAAACAGAAACACCAGUGACUAUGUAUCAGAAGAUCCCAACGCUUCACUUGACAUUGAAGCUGAAGUGUCAUUGACGUCUUCCAGCGUGCAAGAUGCUGUACAGGAUACCGUUGUUCAAAAUACUGAUUGUUCAUCUUCUGGGAAAUCUUUGGCAUGGGAGAUUCAGGAUGCUGAUGCACCAGAGGUCCCUGAGGGCUAUACACUGGCUGCAGAAUCUCCAUUUCCGAUAAAGGUGGAUGAGUUCUUUCGUCUCUUUUACUCAGAUGAUGCCCUCCCUUUUCUUGAAUCAUAUCACAAAAAAUGUGGAGAUAAAGAUCUCAAGUGUACGUCAUGGAAACCCCAUGACCAACUUGGUUAUGCUCGUGAAGUAUCGUUUCAGCAUCCAAUCAAAAUUUAUUUUGGUGCAAGAUUCGGUUCUUGCAACGAAGUACAGAACUUUCGAGUUUACAGAAACAGUCAUUUGGUUCUGAAGACAUCACAAGUGAUCAAUGAUGUACCCUAUGGAGACUACUUUGCCGUGGAGGGGCUAUGGGAUGUGGUAGCGGAUGCAAAUGAUGGUUGCACAUUAAGGGUAUACGUCAAUGUUGCAUUCUCCAAGAAAACCAUGUGGAAAGGGAAGAUAGUGCAGGCUACAAUUGAAGAGUGCCGAGAUACUUUUGCAGCCUUUAUAGAACUUGCGAAUGCGUUUCUGAAACAGAAGAACAUUGAUAGAGAAGCCAACUUGAUUGCCAAUGUAAAUGUAGAAGAACCGGUACGAACCYUGGAACAUUCACCAACAUCACGUCAGGAGACGGACAUGACGACACAGACUGUUCCAGCGUCCCGGGAAGUAAACCACGYCAGCACCUUGGUGCAAGGAUCUUCGAGUGGUUCUGGCACUGCUGCGUCCUUUUUCAGAGAUUCUGUACUGAAACUCUUUUCAUCUUUCAAGUCUCAGAACCAGGUCCCUUUUUUUGUUGUUAUCCUCUUGGCUGUGGUCAUCCUCCUGAUGCAGAUAAGUAUCAUUGUGCUGCUUCUCAGACCUCAAACCGUUCAAGUGGUUUCCGACACGGCCUGGAUGAGCAACGCCCGUAUCGAUAGAAGGGCGGAGACGGUUUCGUUGCUAAACAAACAGAUUGAUCAUCUGAAGGAGCAGAUGCUGAUCGUUGAGACCCUGCUGGAGAAAAUGCGACAUGAGCAUGAUAUGUYAUMCGUUCAACUGAAAAAYUUGAUGCUUCRGAAAAGUUAGCAUCCUGAG